AAGAAAGACAUUAAUUCCGAUCUCUUGUCUGAAGUAGAACAUAGCUCAACACAAUCUGAAUCUUUAACAGAACCUAAAAUAUCUACAACCUCUUUACCGGAAGACAUUGACAUGCUGGCAAAUGCCAAUGACGAUUCAGCUGAGACACUUGAAUUUGCAGAAAGGGUAUAUAAGAAAAAUGUUAGUAAUGAAAUAAAACAGAGAAACGGAGAGAAAAAACUUUUACGUGAGUCCUUUGAAAAUAAAACCCAAGACUUAUCAGGGAACAAUCAAAUUCAUGUGAUUUUAGUAGAGCCAGAUUUCCCGAAAACUGAAAUAUCUGAAUUGCAACAAGACAAUAGCACAAAAAAUGAAAACGAAAAUCCAAGCUGUAGCCAAAAUAUUAUGACUGAAUAUCAACCAUGUGACCCCGGGACUCACCCUCAUAUGAAUGAGAAUUCAUAUGAUUCUAUAUCUCUCGCCAAUAUAACUACAAACAAUUCAAUUCAGAAAGAUAGUCGAAUUGAGAUGCAAAAAUUUAUACAAGAGUUGAGUUUGGAAUUUGUCUUGGAAUCAAUCGAA